AUGUCGUCCGAAGCCUUAGUACCCUCCACUACUGAGGUAAAAUCAAUACGCAAGAACGGGAAAAACUGGCAUAACAACAAAAAGCCUUUCCGACCUAACGCAGGUUUGACAUCGUACGCGAAGAGGGUGGAGGCACGUAAACAACAGGAAGCCAUCAAGGAACACGAGAAGGAAUUAAAGGAAGAAAAGGAGGCAGAGAGACAGGCGCACAUUCAGAGAAUCAAGGACCGCAGAGCCGCGAAGGAAGAGAAGGAGCGGUAUGAAAAGAUGGCCGAGAAGAUGCAUCGAAAACGAGUUGAAAGAUUAAAGAGAAGGGAGAAACGAAACAAAGUCCUUAGCUCUUGA